UGGCGGCUACAAGAAGAUAUUUUCUUUUAAAAAAUUUUGAAGGUGAAAGAAGGUUGAAUAGUCUUAUGGUGAAAUCACAUGUGACUGGAAUGAAGUGAAGAACUGUUUAGUGGAGUGUGUGAUGCAUGCAGCAGCCACUUUUGAAGGACAGCUUGGACUUUAGAGUGAGAGUGAGAUGUAUGGCCCGCGGCGGCUGCAUUAGACUGAAUCUUAUCCUUGACACUCUACAGCAAUUAUGUAGAUUCUCCCAUUUGACCCUCUAUUUAAGGGUUAGCAAGUGUAAUACCAGUCCAUACAAUACCAUUACAUAGCCAUGAACGGUGGAGACGGUGCUUCUAGCUAUGCUCGCAACUCUUCCUAUCAGAGGGGAGCCAUUGAGGCUGCGGAAGCACUCCUCAGGAACGAGAUCAACGCACGGCUCGACAUCACUAACCAUUCCUUUUCAUCUUUUACAAUCGCAGACUUUGGUUGCUCCUCCGGCCCCAACACCGUAAUUGCUGUCGACAUCAUCAUCCAAGCCCUCUACCACAAGUUCACCUCUUCUCUGCCUAAUACUACAACUCCUCAGUUUCAAGUCUUCUUCAACGACGUCUCCCACACUGAUUUCAAUGCACUCUUUGCUUUGCUCCCUCCACAACGCCCCUACUUCGUUGCAGGUGUCCCCGGUUCCUUUUAUGGAAACUUGUUUCCAAAGGCACAUCUCAACUUGGCCUACUCCUCUUGCGCCCUCUGCUGGCUCUCCGACUUGCCAUCCGAGCUAACUGAUACAAGCUCUCCUGCUUACAACAGAGGCAGGAUUCACUACACGGGAGCAUCAGCAGAGGUUGCACAAGCUUACUCCUCUCAGUACAAGAAGGAUAUCAAGUUGUUUUUGCAUGCUAGGUCACAGGAGCUCGCAGAAAACGGGUUGAUGGCACUGAUUGUGCCCGGUGUACCAGAUGGUUUUCUCGAUUGUCAGGAGGCUUCAACGGGAUCCGAGUUCGAUCUGUUGGGUUCAUGCCUCAUGGACAUGGCCAAAGAGGGAAUAAUAGAGGAGGAGGAGGUGAACAGUUUCAACCUUCCCAUAUAUUACACAACUCCAAAGGAACUGGAAGACAUCAUCAGAAGCAACGGAGAGUUGAAAAUUGAUAAAAUGGAGACACUGGGGAGCAUGGACGCACAAGACACUAUGCCUGACCUCGAGUCAAGGGUUCUGUACCUGAGAGCUGUGCUGGAAGGUCUAGUUCGUACCCACUUUGGCCACCAAAUCCUCGACGACCUGUUUGAUCGCUACGCCCUCAAACUUGCUCAUUCCUCUUUCAUCCUUCAGCCUCAAACCCACAAAUCCAUCAUGAUCUUUGCCCUUCUCAGUCGCUGUCAUGACAUCUGAUAUAUGUUCUCCAUUAUGCAAUAUUUAGGUUUUUUUUUUUUUUUUUUUUUUU